UCUAUCGUAGACACGCUCUCAAUCACGGAGAAUAGUGCAUAAAACCGUUCGUCCGUGCCCACCCUUCUUUGAUAUUAGAAAAGAGAGGGGGGAGCCUCGUAGAGAGUGCGAGGCCGAGUGCGUAUUUGCGCGCGCGCGAGGGAGAGAGAGCUUGAAAUAAUCGAUGGAAGCCGAGUGCGGAGUCCCGGCGGUGCCCGGCGAGGAGGUGGCGUCAAACAGGGCGAGCGCGGACCAGGAGAGCGGCCAGAACAGGGGGGACGGGACCGCCACGGCGGAGGACGGGAAGCCGAUGGACGGUAUCUCCGCCAUCAUCCCCGGGUGGUUCUCCGAAAUCAGCCCCAUGUGGCCCGGAGAGGCUCACUCCUUAAAGGUAGAGAAGAUUAUUUUCCAAGGAAAAUCAGAAUACCAAAAUGUCCUGGUUUUUAAGUCAUCAACUUAUGGCAAUGUUCUUGUUUUGGAUGGAGUCAUUCAAGUGACUGAGAGGGAUGAGUGCGCUUACCAAGAGAUGAUUACUCACCUACCACUUUGCUCUAUUCCAAAUCCUAGAAAGGUGUUGGUUAUUGGAGGUGGUGAUGGUGGUGUUCUGCGUGAAGUUUCACGCUAUUCUUUCGUGGAGCAAAUAGAUAUAUGUGAAAUUGAUAAAAUGGUUGUGGAUGUUUCUAAGCAAUUUUUCCCCCGCUUGGCCAUUGGGUUUGAGGAUCCUCGUGUGAAUUUACACAUUGGUGAUGGAGUUGCGUUCUUAAAAAGUGUUCCGGAAGGUACUUAUGAUGCAAUCAUUGUGGAUUCUUCUGACCCGAUAGGUCCAGCUCAAGAACUAUUCGAGAAGCCUUUCUUUGAAUCUGUGGCUAGAGCUCUUCGUCCAGGUGGAGUUGUAUGCACUCAGGCCGAGAGCAUAUGGCUACAUAUGCACAUCAUUGAAGAUAUUGUUGAUGUCUGCCGCCAAACCUUUAAGGGCUCUGUGAAUUAUGCUUGGACAACUGUACCAACAUAUCCAAGCGGGGUGAUUGGUUUCAUGCUUUGCUCCACCGAGGGUCCACCAGUUGAUUUUAAAUAUCCUGUGUAUAAUAUAGAGGAGGACGAGAAAUCCAACAAAUCAAAAGGGCCCUUGAAAUUUUACAACUCGGAGAUCCAUCCUGCAGCAUUUUGUUUGCCAUCCUUCGCAAAGAGGGUUAUCGAGUCCAAAACCAACUGAGCUUCACCCAAGAGGUCUGCCCAACUUGCAUCGGCGCAGGAUGGGGAUAUUACUGCAAAAUAUCAUAGCAACUCAAUCUUCAUAUUAUGCCCUCUUCAAAUACCGGCCUGCUAUGUGAUUUGAUGGGUCAUCUUGCCUCCUUCAUAAGUCAAAAUCUACAAAAGCAUGUGAUUAGCUAUCAACUUUUAUUAUGAUUCCUUCUAUGGAUGAUCUGAGAUAUUGGAUGUACUCUCCACAGUUUUUUCAUCAAGAAAUGCAUUUCGAUGUCA